AUGGAGGGAGUCGAUCACCUUGCCGAUGAGAGGAACAAAGCAGAGUUCGAUGUCGAGGAGAUGAAGAUCGUCUGGGCUGGUUCCCGCCACGCUUUCCAAGUUUCAAAUCGGAUUUCGCGCCUCGUCGCCAAUGAUCCGAUCUUCGAGAAAAGCAAAAGAGCAGUGAUGAGUAGGAAAGAGUUGUUCAAGAACACGUUGAAGAAAAGCGCUCACGCUUGGAAGAUGAUCAACGAGCUUCGUCUCUCUGAUGAAGAAUCAAUCAGAUUCAGAUCUUUCAUGGAUCAACCGGGCUUCGUGGAUCUUCACUGGGGAAUGUUUGUUCCUGCAAUCAAAGGACAAGGCACAGAGGAACAGCAACAAAAGUGGUUGCCUCUUGCGAAUAACAUGCAGAUAAUUGGUUGUUAUGCUCAAACUGAGCUUGGUCAUGGCUCUCACGUUCAAGGCCUUGAGACAACCGCCACUUUCGAUCCCCAGACUGACCAGUUUAUCAUUCACAGCCCAACUCAAACAUCAUCCAAAUGGUGGCCUGGUGGUUUAGGAAAAGUGUCUACUCAUGCUGUGGUUUAUGCUCGUCUCAUAACCAAUGGCAAAGACCAUGGUGUUCAUGGGUUCAUCGUGCAGCUUCGAAGUUUGGAUGAUCAUUCUCCUCUUCCGGGUAUAACGGUUGGUGAUAUAGGGAUGAAGUUUGGAAACGGAGCAUAUAACUCAAUGGACAAUGGUUUUCUUAAGUUUGAUCACUUUCGUAUUCCUAGAGAUCAAAUGCUCAUGAGGCUGUCAAAAGUUACGAGAGAAGGAAAAUAUGUAGCAUCAGAUGUUCCAAGGCAACUGGUGUAUGGUACUAUGGUGUUUGUGAGACAGUCUAUUGUGUCAAAUGCUUCCAAUGCCUUGUCUCGUGCGGUCUGCAUAGCUACAAGAUACAGUGCAGUUCGAAGACAGUUUGCCUCACAGAAUGGUGGCACUGAGACACAGGUGAUUGAUUAUAAAACUCAGCAAAACAGGUUGUUUCCUCUGCUGGCAUCAGCAUAUGCAUUUCGGUUUGUAGGAGAGUGGCUGAAAUGGUUGUACACUGAUGUAACACAAAGACUAGAGGCUAGUGAUUUUGCUACAUUGCCUGAAGCUCAUGCUUGCACUGCAGGAUUGAAGUCUAUGACUACUUCAGCUACCGCAGAUGGUAUUGAAGAAUGUCGUAAGUUAUGUGGUGGACAUGGCUACUUGUGGUGCAGUGGCCUUCCUGAGUUGUUUGCUGUUUAUGUUCCUGCUUGCACAUAUGAAGGAGACAAUGUUGUGUUGCAGUUACAGGUUGCUAGAUUUCUGAUGAAGACAGUUUCACAGUUAGGUUCUGGUAAAGCUCCUGCUGGAACAACUGAAUAUAUGGGCAGAGCACAACACCUUUUGAAAUGUCGUUCUAGCGUAAAAAAGGCUGAGGAUUGGUUAAAUCCUGGUAUGGUGCUGGAAGCUUUUGAAGCAAGAGCUUUAAGAAUGGCUGUUUCUUGUGCUAACAAUCUAAGCAAGUUUGAGAAUCAAGAACAAGGAUUCUCUGAGCUCUUAGCUGAUCUUGUUGAAGCUGCCAUUGCCCAUUGCCAGUUGAUUGUUGUUUCCAAGUUUAUAGCCAAAAUAGAGGGAGAGAUCAAAGGGAAAGGAGUGAAAAAUCAGCUAAAGAAUCUGUGCUACAUCUAUGCACUUCAUCUCUUACACAAACAUCUCGGUGAUUUCCUUAGUACAGACUCUGUCACUCCCGAACAAGCCUCACUCGCAAGCCACCAGCUUCGGUCACUCUACUCUCAGCUCCGACCAAACGCAGUCGCUCUCGUUGACGCAUUUAACUACACCGAUCACUAUCUUGGCUCUGUUCUGGGCCGCUAUGACGGAAACGUGUACCCAAAGUUGUUCGAGGAAGCAUUGAAGGAUCCACUUAAUGACUCGGUGGUCCCUGACGGCUACCAUGAAUACAUCCGACCAUUGAUUAAGCAACACAUCCGCUCUGCAAGACUCUGA